AUGGCGCCAGCCAAAUGGUGCUACUCGCAUGUACCACCACCUCGUUUUCUCAGAACCUCAACCCAUGACCCCCCUUCGCAGCCUCGACGUCUCGCCGCUCACAACUCCACUCCCAGCACGGACAUCAAGGGAGACUUGACGCGGCUCGACGCGAUACCCGACGUAGAGCUUGACCGACCUGUUCGCCGCAGCUGCAACGCCGAGCUCGUCGUGAAUUGGCUCCGUCUGGGACUGGCGGCGUCGUCAUUCGUUCACGGCGUAACGCAAGUCACGAUACUUGGUCGCAGCGCUUCGAACUGCCCUUGCGCCAAGGGAGAGGCGGCGACGGAAGGCCGAGGCGCACCGGGAUCCACAUAUCACACUUUCUCCCUCGAAUCUUCCUCUGCGAGCUGGGCCUAUACAGCUACGAUGGCCUCUGAUUCGGAGAUGGACGUGGACGUUCCUCGCGUCAAUGGCACGGGCGCUGGCACCGUCGAGGACCUCGCUUUCGCCGCUGUCCACCCAUCGACCCCUCAAGAGACAGGACCUCUCAGCCAAACAACGCUGCCGUCCACCGAGAUCCCAGGGUCGCCAAUUGACCCAAACCAGUCGUUCAAAACGGAGGUUAUCGACGAUAGGCCGGCCAUUGCGGUGAUUCCGUCGUCCAUGACCCCGCCGCCCUCCACACAGGUCGCGGCAAGCAAUGGCGCCUCGAGACGUGCCUAUACCAAUUCUCAGCAGUCGGCCCUCUUUUCGCCGCCCGCUACUAUUCUAAACACCAUGCGUGGACGAGAUAUCGAACCCGAAUUCGCGCCGCCAGCACCUCACCAGCUGCUCGAGGCUUCGGCGGACGAGCUUCGCGCCAUGCUGCAGACUUGCAUCGCCGAGAAUCAGAAACUGAAGAUGGAGGCUGCGCAUCACAAACUACAAUAUAACCUGCUGAGUUUACAAGCGGACGAAGAGUCAAAACGUGCCGCGGUGGAACACGACAUGAUACGCCGCGAAGUGGACGCAUUACGCAUGGCCGAGCAUUCUCGGCAGGCGAAGCGCGAGCUCAGCUCUGGAUCAGAGUCUCUGCAGAACAAGUACCUGCAGAUGAAAAUGUGGUACGAAUCAGCGGCGGAAGAGAACGAGGCCCUCAGCCGGAGAGUUAAGCUGGCCAAGAAGGUCAUCCAGCAGAAGGAGGAGGAGACUAUAUCUCUGGCUGAGGAGCGGGAUAUGCUACUGAACCGAAUUCGGGAGAACCGCGAGCACUUUCACAUGCUAUGCAGCCCCGGAGGCAUCUUUCAUGGCGCUUUGACGCCCAAACAUGGGAUUACAUCGACGCCGCAGCAGCAUCGCGGAGCGUCUCGCAUUCUACACCGGGAAGAGACUGAUGGGCGGGAGCACGGAUUGUCUGCCCUUCUGGAGGCAAUGAGCCAGAGCCAGACACAAGAAAACAACAACGCAGCGGCCAACAACAACAGUGCGCCGUCAACUCCCAUGGUCAUGGCUCGACCUGCUUCUCGGCUGGUUAGGAGGCACCAGCGGAACGCCCAGUCCAUGUCGUCACUUCCCACCACUCCCAUGCAUAAUCUGCGGGGAGACCACAGCGGCCUAUUGCCGUCAGUAAAUCUGGUGGCGCAAACGGAGCCGAGAUCUCGCUAUUCACAACGACGAUUUGUUCCUACAACUCCACCCUCUCAGCGACAAUCGCGAAGAAGAAGACGAGAAAGCACAAUCUCAAUGGAGGACAAUGAAGAACUUGCUAGGCAAGCCAUAGAAUCGGUAAAGGCAGUCCAGACACUGUCUUCUCAGCCAUCUGGAAAUGUUGCCACCGGGGGGCCUAUCAGCUCACAGGAAGACGAGGAGCAAGUCUACGACAGCCAGGCGAGUCGAGCAGCGGCAAAGAUGCUGCGCCAGUACCCCGGCCAAGAGUAUAGCGGCGCGCCGUCUCUGGAUGCCCCAGAAGGACCUGCUGAGAAGUCUGCAGCCAUGCACGCCAAGCUCUUUACUGGAAGCAAAACUGCUGCUGGGGCUGAAAAGCGCAAGCUGGCUGCUGAAGGCGAGGCUCAAACGGACAGCCCACAAAAGAAAUUGAAAGCUGGUGGAGCGGCCUCAGAUGGCCGCCGUGUUGGGCUGGGCAUUCAAUAUUAG